CCGCCGAGCGAUGUCCCGCCGCAGCCCGGACGGGAGCCUCGGGCUGCUCUCGCCGCCGGCCCUGCUGCUGCUGCUGCUGCUGCUGCUUCUGGCCGCCGUGGUGCCGUCGGGCCUGGCAGGGGUCUACUAUGCAACUGCAUACUGGAUGCCUACUGAGAAGAGAAUACAAGUCAAAAAUGUCCUAGACAGGAAUGGGGAUGCCUAUGGCUUUUACAAUAACUCUGUGAAAACCACAGGCUGGGGCAUCCUUGAGAUCAGAGCGGGGUACGGUUCUCAAUCCCUGAGCAAUGAGAUCGUCAUGUUUGCAGCCGGCUUUUUGGAGGGUUACCUCACUGCCCCACAUAUGUUUGACCACUUCACAAACCUCUACCCACAGCUGAUUAAGGAACGUUCCGUGUUGGAUAAAGUACAGGAGUUUUUAACGAAGCAAGAUCAGUGGGCCCGGGCUAACAUCAAAAAUUACAAGGAUGACCCGUUUUGGAGACACACAGGCUAUGUUAUGGCACAAAUGGAUGGGCUAUAUGUAGGGGCAAAGAAGAGGGCUACAGUAGAAGGAACAAAGCCCAUGACCCUGUUCCAGAUUCAGUUCCUGAAUGCUGUUGGAGAUCUGCUGGACCUGAUUCCCUCACUUUCUCCCACAAAAAACUCCGGCCUGGAGGCUUUUAAGAGAUGGGACAUGGGACAUUGCUCUGCUCUUAUUAAGGUUCUUCCUGGAUUUGAGAACAUCUUUUUUGCUCACUCAAGCUGGUACACGUAUGCUGCCAUGCUCAGGAUAUAUAAACACUGGGACUUCAACAUCAUUGAUAAAGACACCAGGAGUAGUCGCCUCUCUUUCAGCAGUUACCCAGGGUUUUUGGAGUCUCUGGACGACUUUUACCUUCUCAGCAGUGGUUUGGUAUUGCUGCAGACCACAAACAGCGUGUAUAAUAAAACCCUACUGCAGCACGUGGUACCCAAGUCUCUCCUGGCCUGGCAAAGAGUCCGGGUGGCCAAUAUGAUGGCAAACGGAGGCAAGCAGUGGGCAGAGGUCUUUUCAAAAUACAACUCUGGCACGUAUAACAAUCAGUACAUGGUCCUGGACCUGAAGAAGGUAAAUCUGAACUACAGCCUUGGUAAAGGCACUCUGUACAUCGUGGAGCAAAUUCCUGCAUAUGUAGAAUAUUCUGAACAAACCGAUGUUCUGCGGACAGGCUACUGGCCCUCCUACAACAUUCCUUUCCAUGAAAAAAUCUACAACUGGAGCGGCUAUCCAAUGUUGGUUAAGAAGCUGGGUUUGGACUACUCUUACGAUCUGGCUUCACGAGCCAAAAUCUUCCGGCGUGACCAAGGGAAAGUGACUGAUAUGGAAUCCAUGAAAUAUAUCAUGCGCUACAACAAUUACAAGAACGAUACUUACAGUAACGGUGAUCCCUGCAAUACCAUCUGCUGCCGUGAGGACCUGAACUCACUUAAUCCAAGUCCUGGAGGUUGCUAUGACACCAAGGUGGCAGAUAUCCACCUGGCGUCCGCGUACACAGCCUAUGCCAUUAGUGGGCCCACAGUACAAGGUGGCCUCCCUGUUUUUCACUGGAGCCGUUUCAACAAAACUCUCCAUGAGGGAAUGCCAGAGGCCUACAACUUUGAUUUUAUUACCAUGAAACCAGUUCUGUAACUUGACAUGAAAUGGAGGGAGAUGAGAUACAAAGGGCACUAUUUUAACUACGUUUUCCCAUUCAAACUUAGUCUUAAAAUAUAUUCAAUCCAGUUUAUCACUUUCAUUUUUCACUGCCAAUUUUGUCAUGUUUAAAACAAGCAUUUACUACAGGGUGGAGCACUGUAGAAGAAAACAUUACAUACGAUGAACGACAAUACCGUUUUAGCACACAAGCUUAUACACAAGAAAGUAUGGUAGAAGCUGCUCCCUCGCUCACCAAAAUCCGUUCUCUGCUUUUAAGCCUGGCCCCGCAGACCACACCUCCCAGGCUGCCCUGGGCAGCUGUGCCACGUGGCGGAGUUCUCGCGAGUGGACUCUUUCCAGGCCUGGCCCCUAACAGCCUGUACUGCUCAUGCUGUUUCCCCUUCUCCCAGCUGGAUGUGCUUGAUGACAGAGCUCUAGGGGGUGGUGGGACCUGCAACAGGAAUACUCCAAUAGUGUUCUUUUCCUGGUCAUUAGGAAGCAACAGCUGAGUCUUUUUCUGGCGCAGGAUAGGCACAUAAUACAGCAAACUUUAACGUUGUCUCCCAUUAGUUAAAAGCAGCAUAUCCAAUCUGGGAGCAACUCUGCAUAACAAACUUUUCUUUCAAAGCUGGAGAACUGUAUGUGGUUUGAGUACCGUGGUACCGUCAAGUUAAGUUAAACGAGCCAUACUGAACGGUGUAACAGUGACUCUCAACAAGGUGAAAGACUCCCAAAAGAAAAAGCAAAGAAACACAAGGGCUGAGAAUAAUCAGAAUGAAUCAGAGUACACAGGAUGUGAAAAACCCAGCAGUUUAUUUCAAAGUAUAAAUUUCAGGCUUGCUGAACAAAAUCCCACUACAGUUAACACUUAUACAGACAACACUCUACUGUACAUUUAAAAAAGAAAAACCCCACAAAAACCUUCAAAACCUAAUAAAAAUAGGGCAACUUGCUAUAGCCCAGUUUCUAUUAGACAUUAGGAAGGUCUUACAUUGUCUUAUUAUUUACACUUUCAACUGCAAUAAAGAAAAAUCAGGAUGCAAGUUUACUACAAAGGAAUUAUUUUUAUAUUUAAAUUUGAAAUGGUUGAUAAAACACUAAAGCCAGGAUUUCCCAAAAGGUGUUUGAUUGCCCAGUUACCUUAUUUACAAACAAAAUUUUUUUAAAAGAUGGCAAUUAAAUAUAAAUGAUGGGUAUUAACUGACUCUACAAAUAAAAAAAAAUGAAAAACUUAUUUAGCAUGAUAAAAUAAUUUGACCAGAAGACAAAGCAUGUAUUUGUAUCAUCCUAUUCCUCCCCACUGGCUGGCUCAAGGGGAAUAAGUUUUAGGAACUGGAUAAACCUGCCGCACUAACAAAACACCUUAUAGGAAUUGUUCUAAUCUUUUUCUUUUUUUUGUCCCAAAAUUUUAAAAAAGGCGAGGGAGCCUCAUUUGCCCAGUAAAUAGUAAGGCAGGCAGAAUCAUACACUGGUUUUAGAUAGAGUUAUUUUCAAUAAUCUAAUACUGGGACAUGGUAUUUCUGGAAAUUAAAAUAAAACAGGCCAAUGAUAAAGCUAAAGUAAUGAAUAAAUCAUAGGAUACUGAAAUAGCCCAAGAAGGAAAGUCCCGGAGAACACUUGGAAGUGUUUGCCGUAACCUACUGUGCUAAGAUCACAGUGUAUAAAGGUGAGAGAGGAGGAUACCACAGGCAUUAUUUUCUUAAUCUUGUACAGUACUGGAAAAUUCGCAGAAUAAGACAAAAGUGUAUGCAGUAUUGACACCUUGCUGCAUAAAUGAUCAUUUUGAAAGUGUAAGCAAAAGAGCAAACAACAAAAAAAAGCUACGUUAACACUUAAUCCAAUAUAGCAAGAGAACUGUAUGGUGCGGCCCACCUAAGGAGUUCUGCUGACAGGUGGUCCUAAGAUUCCAAGCUCCUUGCUUUAGGUCAUUUUUUUCAAUUAAACCUUUCAUUUACUAUCUGGCAAUGGGGGUCAGGAGAGUGGGGAACACCUCUCUGUGAGGCAAAUGGUAUCCCAAUAAACACUCACUUCUCAAGGAAGAAAGCUCUACUCUUCACUUCUCUCAUAAACUUCUACUGUGUUAAACAGCACACAGUUUUCUGCAUAUUUUAAAAAGUGAGUCCAGAGAAAUAGAGGGAUAUAGUUACCUCAUAAAGUUACCUGUUAACAACAGAUGUCUUUGUAUGUAAUUUAUAAAUUUACUGGCAAGAACAUAAUUUUAAAAUGUGAGGCUUACACUUAAAACAGGGUGAAGAUUACUCUGACAAAGUGCAAAGUAGAGAGUAACAAAUAUCACAAUUACCUUUAAAUGUCAUAUAAACAUCCUAUAUUUCAGGCUGAAGUAUCAGAAGUUUCCAGGAUUUCCAAUGAGGCAAUACUUACACAAGUAUUGUCAGGCUAAAAAGGUAGCAAACUUGCAUUCCCAAAAUGGGAUUAUCAAGUUUAUUUAUAACACUCUGUGAAAAGAUAUUGUGAAAUAAAAAAAGGUACCAUGGAGUGUGAACUGCUAUUAAAAAAAUCUGUAACCAGUAGCUAUUUCUAGUUGAGUCCUCCAUUCUCUGUCCCCAAAGAAACAAACCAAACAAAAAGAAAGUACUCCUCAACAUGAAAACCUGCCCCAAAUAAAAGCCUAGAGUUCUAGCCUAGCACCCAUAAGUAACUCCAAUAUAGCUGCUGCCUAUAAAUCCCAUGGCAGGCUAACUGAAGGAGACCAUCUCAUAAUAUCUUUUCCCUCAAAUAAUCACAAUUUCUCUUUGUACCUUCCCUCCACCACCUGUAAUAAAGUUUUAUUUUACUGUAGAAAAUCUAUUUUUAGGGUUACUAUUUAAGUAUUUUUUUUCUCUGACAGAAAUGACACAAUAUAGGCUAAAAUAAUAUUUUCAUUCUACUGGGCUUUCUUCACCUGAUUAUAUAAUGCUCUGAAAGCUUUAAACAAAAAAAAAAAGGAUUAGUAAAUAUAAAUAAAAAACGUUCACCAAGGGCACCUUUCUAGGCUAGGUAAGCAAAUUAUUAUCAAGUGACCACAAAACCGGUCAAUAAGGAACAAUUUCGAACGUGGGCUUUCUAUUCUGUAGACAGGAAUGAUCUUGAACACAUAAUUAAUACUGCAACCAUUGCAGGUAAAAACAUAUAUACAUGCAGAUAUCAGAUAGGUGCUCACACACAUCUAGAAGAUCAUCAAUUUCUCCCUUUAAAGUUUCAUUGGCAUGACAUUGGCAACUUCUUUACCAUCAUCAUUAGUACUAGAAUGAGUAACGUCUACAUAGUUGGUUGGCAAAUACAAUUAGUGGAAACUUUAAUUCUUAUUGUGGUCUCAUUUUCUGAAAGCAAAAGGAAGAUUUUGGAUUUACUUUUGGCAAUCUGUAGGCUUUCUUCAGCAUCAAUCAGACUUCACACCCAACACGACAGUACACUGACCGGUAAAAGUCUCUAAAGAGUUUCUUUACAACUAGAAUGCUUCCUUAUUACAAGCCACCGAAGUUGCAAACAAAGCAGCAUUAAUAUUGAAGCCAUAGCUCCUGCUUAUAAUUCCAGGAAAAAUUAAUGACUGACUUAUUUAAGAAGGUAGGAGUAUGAAUUCAAAUAUGAUAUGGGAAGAUGACUGGAAAAUUUGUUUCACAAACUCCACAAAUUCCUUUCCACGUAUGGCCAACCACGCUCUCACCCCCCAAAUUACACCACCUCUCCUGUCUUAAGCUAUCUACACUCAAACAUGUACCUGAUACCACGUAUAGCUGGCACUCAUAAUGAAAAUCCAUGACCUAAGCUGAACUUGAUUAAAACUUUGAAGAAGAACAGAGAAGCACAGAAGUUAUAUCUAAUUGUUACAUAAAAUGACUCCAAAGGAUAUACUUUAAAAAUCCUAUCCAAAGCUGACAUACAGUAAAUCAGACAAAACUUAGCACCAUCAAAACAAAGUUAAAAGAUUAAGACAGGAAGAAUGACAGGAGAAUAAAGAAGAAACGGAGCUUUCCCUUUGAUAGUUUACUCACUGUAUUUUGUGAAUUUUACUAUUUACUUCCUUUGAAAGAAUACUAUGCUUUGGGUGAUAAGGUAAACUAGAAUUGCUUUCAUCAUCUCUAAAACCUUGUGCAACAUAGAUACCAAAAUAUAUUUGAAGGAAAAUUUUCUUACACAACGUGGUGCAAAAAUAAAAAGCAUUUAUAUUCUUGGAAGAAAAGAGCAAGUCAAAUUUUUGGAGUUAAAUGUAGUGAUGUCACUGAUGAGACUAUUUAUAAAAGGCUUGGUCUAAAAUUUACUUGAGGGAGAUGUGCUACGUUUGGUGGAGAUAAAAGAAAUGAGGGUGAAAGGCUGUCAGGGAAGAGUAAAUAAUAAUGGACAAACGGCCCUGUUUACUUUUGUCGUUAAUCUUUAAGGCACAAAAUAAAUGGAAAAACCAGAUUAGAAAAGGGAGGGCCCAUUGCAGAUCUUUUUCAUCUAACUGACAACCCAGAAGAGACAAAAGAAAAGAUGAACAGAUCCUUUCCUGUGUUCAAAUUAACCUAUUUUAAACUAUUUAACCAUUUUGCUUUUUAUUUUUUCUUUGGGUUCCAUUUAGAUUCAGUUUAAAUCAUUUAUCUGUGAACCUACAGAUCUCUGAGAAGCAGAAUCAUGCCAGAUACAUACCUCAGAUCCUUUGAUCUACUUACUUCACACUGGAAGAGAGGUAAAUUUGAGAAUGAAAAUGGGAGAUUCCACUGCAAUAAACAUAUAAAUACAGAAAAGCACAAACACCCACACAUA